CGAAAACCAUUCUAUUCCCACCUGUGGGCUGAUCCGUUGCCUUCAGUAAUCUGUGCACAUUUUCUCGUAUUUUUGGUACAUAAGUGAUCGUGAUAGUAGUUAGCACAGAUUUCACUGCAAAUCGAUGGUUUAACUGAUUCAAAUUAUUUAGGCUAUCGGACCACUUUUUGAACCACAGCAAAGUUUGGUAACGAAAAAGGCAACGUGGGUAACUUAGCAUAGAUCAUAGUUUUCUUAUCAUGGCGAUGUUACGAACAUUGGUACUACUUGCUAUCGGCGCAACCGUCGUACUCGGACAACGGCGCCUCGCUCUUCCGGAUCCAAGAAGUUGUGCAAAUCGUGUUCGACAUGCGACAUAUCGCGACGCACGCGGUGUUGCUCAUUCAUAUUUCUUCAGUUGGGAACAUGCGCCAACGCGGAGCCUGGAGGUAGAUUGGUUAGAUGCUCGCAAUAUCUGCCGCAGACACUGCAUGGACGCGGUCUCAAUGGAGACACCACAAGAAAAUGAGUUUAUCAAGCAGCGUAUCGCGCGUGGCAACGUCCGAUACAUCUGGACUUCCGGACGUAAGUGCAACUUUGCUGGAUGUGAUCGUCCCGACUUACAGCCACCGAAUGAAAAUGGAUGGUUUUGGUCUGGAUCCGGUGUCAAGAUUGGACCCACCACUCAACGCAACACUGGUGACUGGAGCUAUACUGGAGGAUACGGCCAAGCGCAGCCCGAUAACCGUGAAGCAGCUCAGGGAAAUGACGAGUCCUGUCUAUCGAUCCUGAAUAACUUCUAUAACGAUGGUCUCAAGUGGCACGAUGUUGCUUGCCAUCAUUUAAAGCCAUUCGUGUGCGAGGACUCAGAUGAGCUGUUGAACUUUGUUCGUUCUCGAAAUCCAGGAAUUCGUCUUUAAAACUAAGAAAACAAGCAGAACCCCAUAGAAAUACAGGUAACGUUUUUGAGUAUUUAAAACCCCUAACAAACCCGAUGGUUGGCUUAGCUGGGGACUAUAUUUUGGCAAAAAAAACUAUGGCAAAGAAACCAGCAGACAAUCUUAACUGGAUUUUUUAAACAUUCUAACGCCAUUCAUUCAAUGCCAACACUUCUGUUUUAACAACUGUACUUCAUUUAAUCACUAUUUAUUGUAUGUUAAGAAAAAACAACGGAGCGACUCAAAUCAGUAACUAGUAUAAGGAUUGCUAUGAAAAAGACCCCGUCGGCCAACCCAUUUGGUCGACCCAAGUUGGCCGACUCACUAUGUAGAUCACUAUGGAGUCUGUCCGACGGGGAGCUCCCUUGCACCCAUUCAGCGACAAGUGACAAAAUAAAUUGCAAUAUGAAAGAAUUAAAUUGAAAUACCUAACACUGGGGAAACAUUGUUAAAAUAAACGUGUUUUUAAAUGUUUGUUUUUGUUUUUUAACGGUAAUAAAGUACGUUCACCAGCA